AUGGCCUUCACACCCAGAGGACGUGGCGGCAGCGAUAGAGGCAGAGGAGGGUUCAGCUCACGCGGCGGGAGGGGUGGCUUCGGCGACAGAGGCGGCCGUGGUGGAUCAAGAGGCGGCUUUGGCGACAGAGGUAGAGGUGGCGACAGGGGUCGGGGUGGUGGCAGAGGCGCACCGCGCGGACGUGGUGCGCCCAGAGGUGGAGGACGAGGUGGAAGAGGUGGAGGCCCAGGCGCAAAGGGUGGACAGAAGGUCAUCAUCGAACCCCACCGUCAUCCCGGCGUCUUUGUGGCCCGCGGCAAGGAAGAUCUUCUCGUCACCAAGAACCUCACCCCCGGCGAAGCAGUCUACGGCGAAAAGCGCAUCUCCAUCGACACCCCCUCCACCACCGCCGGCGAUGCGAACGGCGACGCUGCUCCCGUGACCACCAAGACCGAAUACCGCGUGUGGAACCCUUUCCGCUCCAAGCUUGCGGCAGGUAUCCUAGGUGGUCUGGAAGACAUCCACAUGAAGCCCGGCGCCAAAGUCCUAUACCUCGGCGCUGCAUCCGGUACCUCAGUCUCCCACGUCGCAGACAUCGUCGGCCCAACAGGCACUGUCUUCGCAGUCGAAUUCUCCCACCGCUCCGGACGCGAUCUCAUCAACAUGGCCACGCACCGCACGAACGUCAUCCCGAUCAUCGAAGACGCCCGUCACCCGCUCAAGUACCGCAUGCUCGUCAGCAUGGUCGACUGCAUCUUCGCCGACGUUGCGCAGCCGGAUCAAGCGCGUAUCGUGGGUCUGAACGCACAUCAGUUCUUGAAGGUCGGAGGCGGCGUGGUGGUCUCUAUCAAGGCGAACUGCAUCGACUCGACUGCUGCCCCAGAAGCUGUGUUCGCGAGAGAAGUCGUCAAGCUCAGGGAGGAGCGUAUCAAGCCGAAGGAGCAGUUGACGCUGGAGCCGUUCGAGAGAGAUCAUGCUAUGGUUGUGGGUGUGUACCAGAGGAGCACCGCGACUUCGUAA